UUACAUUUUCCUGCACGUUUUGCAAAACAAAUUUAAGAUCUUUCGCCAUCUGCUUGCCUCAGACUUGAUAAACAUGUUUUCAUCAUGACGAAAAAGGCAACACGAUACCCGGGAGAGCGUGCUGGUUGCUUGAACUGAACCCCUUCUUCCAAUGCGAAGAAGUCAGAGAUGGCUACAUAAGCCGACGCAGCCGACGGUGUUAGUCGAUUGUGACAGGUGUACCUUUUGGUUGGUCUUAAGGUUUAACUAUCGCAACGAUUGGGAUUGCUCUACGGUGGGUACAUCUUGGUUAAGUUCCUGAUUUCACGGAUGUAAAAGGACUAGGAAAACUUUAAGAUCACCCAGAGCCAAGGCGAAAUUCUAAAGUUUAAAAUAAGGCAAAGUUGAUUUUGAUUUCCUUUAUAACAUCAUGUAGCCGUCGUUAAAGUUUGAAGUGGUUUCGCAAAAGGUAGUGAAACUUAUAAACCGGCUUCCAAUAAGAGAUAGAAAUUUUAUGGUGAUAUGAAUCAUCCAUAACAAUGUACGAGUUUUCCUGUCGGUAAAAAUAACUGAUGCGUGCAAUCGCAUUUAUUUCGAAAACUAAAAAUCAUAUAGUAGGAUGGGGGAAGAUGGGACACCUUAUUAUUCUAUUUUCUCGUCACAUUUGGUAGUAAACAAAGAAAAUUCAAAUAGUUAUAAAACUGUAUCCUCGCACGUUUCCCAUGGACCGUUGUUAAAUGUUUAAAACACGAUUAGAAUGUUUGGAUAUUCUGUGCUAAAGGUGUCCCAUCCUACUAUUUAUAUAUUUUGCUUUACGUCAAAUUAUGUUGUUUUUCCUUUCUCAGAAAUUAAAAAGUGGAUAAUUGUUUUUUUUGUUGAAAAUAUUAAAAUGCUGUUUUCCGUGUAUAUUGUUAUGAUGAUUGUGACUUCACAAUUCUAUCUCUCCAUGGCAACGCCGAAUUUUGAUUUGAGAAGAUCAAAUCAAUCGACGGAAGGAGAUUUCUAUCCAGCGAGAAGCGAGGCACGGGAAUGCCAAGAUUGUACCUGCCCGGAUACCCCAGGAACUUGCCCCCCAGGUGUAAGUCGAAUCAUGGAUGGCUGCGACUGUUGUAAGAUGUGCGCCAAGCAAUUGAAUGAACCUUGUGAUGUUCGUAUGCGAUGCGACCACCAUAAAGGACUUUACUGCGACAUGAGCGCCGGUUUAUGCAAAGCAAGCCCUGGAGUCGCAUGUUAUGUAGGAGGUUCAUGGUACGAUAAUGGACAGACGUUUCAACUUAGCUGUAAAGUCACUUGCUCAUGUAUAGAUGGUGAUAUCGCCUGCAUGCCGACUUGCUUGCCGCAUAAACCAUCCAUACGGGAAUGUCGACACCCAAGGUUGAUCCAUCGUAGAGGCGAAUGCUGCGAGGAAUGGGUUUGCACCAGAAACGGAAGACUGGAUCCUGGUAUUGAACUUCAAGAACACGAAGUGAAAGAAAGACCGGUCCAACCAGUCGUCUUCCGCGAGAAUUGCAUGGUUCAGACAACAGAGUGGAGCGAUUGUUCAAAGUCAUGCGGGUUUGGUGUUUCGAACCGAGUCUCUAACGACAACGCUGAUUGCAAAUUAAAGAAAGAGAUGAGACUUUGCAACAUUCGUCCUUGCUCGAUGACGGAAUCGACCGUUAUAACGAGACGACGAUCGUGCAGAAAGACUAUUCGCCACAGCAGUCGAGUUCGGUUCUCACUGAGCGGUUGCCUCAGCAGAGACACCUACCGACAAAAAUAUUGCGGCUUUUGCACCGGUAAAUGUUGCGGACCCAAAGUGAGCAAAACAAUCAAGGUUCAAUUCAACUGCGAAAGUGGAACGAACUUCACUCGAAACAUGAUGAUGAUCAAGAAGUGCUCGUGUUCCAGCUGCCCUAAUGACUUCUUAAACUUAUCAACAUACAACAGAGCAAUGGUUGGUGAUAUGGUGCGUUCGACGUGAAACGACUUUGAACCAAACCUAUUUCUCACCACUGUAAGAAACUGAUAUCGUAGCUGAAGCGCACCAACUGCAAAACACUGUGCACACGGAUGGCUGCCAUUAUAAUGCAGUGCUUGCAGUAAGUCUCGGGUUUUGCUAUAAACGCUUGAUAUUUUUCAUGUUUUGUUACGGAAACUGGUUAUCUGUACACGUAUAUCUGCACUAAAAACCUUCGUAUGCCGAUAAAAGGCACACAAACGAUCUUCAGUUAAAACGGUUCCACAUUUUUACACGCCUGUGUCACAAAAUUCAUGAAUUGUAUCGUCACUUCAACCGCUAUAUUACAGUUGCGCCAAAAAGCGUUCACUGAAUUGCGUCGCUCGACACAUUUGUAUUGUAGCAUCCUUGCUUUGUAUAUACGACGCGUUGUACUCUGUGGACUGAACUUCGCGGUCUGAGCGAACAUUUAUUGUCGUUGCGGUUAUUUUUAUAGAAACGUAUUUAUCUCUAUUUUUCGAUGAAGUGCUCGCCAGUUUAACGGUAAAAAACGAACCAAUAAAACGAGUGUCUCAAA